AUGGAUACACACAAAACCAAUACCUUCUGUCUCCUCCUCUUUUUCAUCUCCUCCUCCUCCUCAUACACGGUGGUGACAAGCACACUACUCUGCUCAAACUCCGCCUGUCGCCGGAGCGAGCCCUUGAUCCGAUUCCCUUUCCGGCUCCCAAACCGCCAACCGAAGCCCUGCGGCUAUCCCGGUUUCGGACUCUCAUGUGACGCCACAAACCAAACACUCAUUAAGCUGCCAAAUUCAGAACAGUUCAGAGUCCAGAGUAUAGACUACGGCACACAAGAAAUAUGGAUUAAUGAUCCAAACAACUGCCUCCCGGCACGUCUGCGCUCGCUAAACCUCUCCGGUUCUCCGUUCGUGGGCGUGUUCUAUCACGUCUCAUACCGGAACUAUUAGGUCCUGUCAGCCAAGUGCAGUCUGGUUGGAACCAUUACUGUGCCGGUUCAGCGGCCUUUUUAUGAGCAGGUUCGGUCAUCGGACCUCAGUGAUGAUCUUCGGCUCACUUGGGUUGCACCCAAGUGUGGUAGGUGCGAGUCAAGGGGUGGAAGGUGUGGGUUCAAGAGUAAUACAAGUCGUGAAAUUGGAUGCUUUAAUGCUCCUCAACAUGGAAUUCCGAGGAGCGCUCGAUAUGCAAUCACCGUUGGGGCGGGAGUACCCGCAUUGUUGUGUCAUGUUGGGCUUUUUUGUUAUGUUUUUGGCAGGGUCAAAUCCUAUAAUAGGAGGAACCACUCCACAGGAGAAUUCACAUCCACAAUUGCUCCACAGCCCACCAUCAUUUCGGGCCUCGAUGGGCUCACUAUAGAGUCCUACCCAAAAACAAUACUGGGUGAGAGCCGACGGCUGCCCAAGCCCGAUGAGACCACGUGUCCAAUCUGCUUGUCCGAGUACCGGCCCAAGGAGACUCUGAGGAGCUUACCUGAUUGUCAACAUUGCUUCCAUGCCAAUUGCAUUGAUGAAUGGCUCCAUUUGAAUGCUACCUGUCCGGUCUGCCGGAAUUCUCCCCAGCGGUCACCACGCCCUCGGGACUCUUAACCUUUUUUUUUUUAAUUUUUAUUUCCCAGGUAAACGUUUAGACUUCAAGAAAAUGUGACAAAAGGAGAACAAUAUCAUGUAAAAUAGUUAAUUUCCGUAGUGGUAAAUUUUGGUUAUUGGUUUCUUGUGUUGUACCUUUGUUUGAGGGGAAAAAAAAAACCCUGGUCAAUACCUAUUUUUGUUCAAUUAUAGGGCAUUUGGGCAUGUACAACUGUACAAGCAUGCAUAUAUAUAUAUAUAUAUGUAUUUGUGGUUGUGGGUCAGGCCCCACAUUGGCAUGGAAAAUUCUAAUCUCCUUCUUUUCAUUCUCUCUUUGUUGAGGAAAAUUCUAUCAUCUUUCCUGUUCUCCCACUUUUCUUUUCCCACUUCUUUUCUACCAAACCGUCCACUUUACUUUAUCUUCUUUUUACUCUAGUGGACUUUGACUUGACAGAAGACCCAUUUUUAUUUUUAUUUUUUUUCUUCAGGAACUUUAAUCAGCAGGAGCCGGUCAUUAGCAAUUAUUGAAAUUUGGACAUGUAUAAAUGUCUAAUUCUUCGAAUGGUUGUGUCUGCGUUCGAAUUUUCAUCUUGAAUAAAAAGGAAAAAAGAAAAACAAGGAGCAUUGUGGGUUAUUACUUAUCUAAAUAGACUUGUAGUUAAUUGGCAAAAGAUGGACUAGAGAUUAAUGCAU